AUGGCCACUGCCGGAAACAAAAACCAUGAAGAUGCCGUCACCGUGUUGAUGGUUCCUUUUCCGACGCAGGGGCAUCUGAACCAGCUUCUCCAUCUUGGCCGCUUAAUCUCAUCUUAUAACAUUCCGGUCCAUUACGUCAGCACUCCGGCUCACACCCGCAAGGCAAAGCUUCGUAUCCAUGGCGGCGGGAAUAUUCCUGACCUUCACUUUCACGGAUUCCCUGUCCCUCCCUAUGAAACGCCUCCUCCAGAUCCAACUUCCUCAACUAAAGUCCCCAGGCAUCAGAUGCCGGCCAUUCUUUCAUCAGUUCACCUCCGGGACCCGGUUUUCCAACUCAUGAAAAAAUUGUCCGGAACAACAAAAAGGUUGGUAAUCAUUCAUGAUGCCUUGGUAUCGUACGUUAUCCAAGACAUUGUUUCUGUCCCUAACGCCGAAUCCUACGCCUUCUCCGCAUCCUCUGCUUUCUUUAGUUACUUGACUCUCUGGGACUUUAGAGGGAAACCCCAAGGAGUGCCUGAACACCAGCUCCUCCAACUUCUGCCAAAGCUUGACCUCCCACAAGAAUAUUCCGAAUAUAUGCUGUUAAACCUCACUACAAAAAUAAACAGUUCUGGAACCCUUAUCGAUUCCUGCACAGCAAUAGAAGGUCCGUUUCUCGAUUACCGUACUAUGUUCAAGAGCUUCGGCUCCGACAAGGUCUGGGCAGUUGGUCCAUUAAAUCCUGUUCAUCAUCAUUGUGUACCGGUAAAGAAAGAUGAAGUCGAUCAAGGGCAGCGGAGACAUUACUGUCUUGAUUGGCUCGACAAGCAAUCUCCCAAUUCAGUUUUGUUUGUGUCAUUUGGUUCCUCCACUACGCUUUCAGAUGAAGAGAUCAAAGAGAUGGCGUUUGGGUUGGAGAAAAGCGAGCAAAACUUUUUAUGGGUGCUUAGGGAUGCGGAUAAAGGUGAUUUGUUUACAGAAGAAGGUGGUGAUGAUCAGGUUAAAGAAGUGCUAGAAGUUGGUCUGCCGGUCCUGCCGGAAUUUUUGUCAUCAGAUUCUGAAGCUGAAGAAAUUCAGGCGACAUCAAAAGAUAUUGAAAAUGCUGUGAGAACAUUGAUGAAUUCUGAGGAGGGAGACCAGAUGAGGCAAAGGGCACAAGACGUGAGCAAAGCAGUCAAAGCAUCUCUGAUGGAAAAUGGAACUCCAUUGGGAGUGGUCGAUCCGCAAUUCUCCCCAAUUCUCUCUGUUCCUUCGAACCCUAAUUUUCCAAUCCAAUCUCCGAUUCACGUCGAAUUUCCUUUUGUUUUGUUUGAAUUGGCCGGAGCAUUACAUUUGGUAUCAGAGCUAGUCGUUCCUUGGCGAUUUUCCGAUUCCAAAUCCCAGUUUUCCGCUCAAAUCACUCUGAUUCAUCAUUUCUUCCUCAGAAAUUCCAUUGAAACCAUCCACUUUGAAUCCAAUAUAUUCCAGAAAAUGACUCGUGCUAGAGCUGCGGUUGACGAAUCGAUGAAGGAUUCGAACAACGAUGUGAAUUCCUCCAGAUUUGAAGGCCUGGAAUCACGAACGGUGACCAUGGAGUCGCAGUUCACAAAUCUGGAAUCGAAGCUUAAUGCUUUGGUGGUGUCCAUGGCAGAACGUGACGCCAGGUUUGACAAGUUGGUGGAGAUGUUCGAAUGGACGCAUUCACGAAACCCAGAAAAGGCGCAGGUGACGGAAAAUUCAUCUCCGAAUUCUCCAGCACCAUACAACCACCGUCUGCACGAGGAGCUGAGAAUCAUCGCACGAUGUUCACGGCUGUGGUGGAGAAAGGAAAUGGCCGUCCACUAUCAACCCGGUGCGCGUGGACCAGGACGUUCCACCACUCACUGGCCUCUCAAACAGAAACAGCCAUCCGCCGGAUUUCAGCACUUCCGACGGCUCUCAAGUGGUAAUGGGAAUUGGCAAGAUUCUGGACAGGUGAAUUCCCCUGUUAGUUCACCAGGCAGUGUGAAGAGUAGUUACGACUUAUCUAUGGAGUCUGGUGACAAAGUGCUAAAUGGUAGUAAUUUGGUAGAUAAACUGGUUAAUGGUAGGGAGACAGAGAAAAUGUCUCAGGAAAUGGGAACGGGAAAGGAGCUAAGUUCAGUGAGUAUAAGGGGCCUGGUAAACAUGAUACUCUGCGAAGAAACGGCAAAAGCAAAUGUUCCUGAAAAUGUGCUGUGGACCAUUGAUAGCGAAAUGGUUGACCUGAGUAAUCUGCCUCAUGGUGUUUGA